AUGCAGCUCACUCAGCUUUUUGUCGCUACCGGCCUCUUCGCCUCCUCUAUCAUGGCCGCUCCUACUGCCAGCGUUUCCAUGAUGGCCGCCGGUCCCCAAUGGACCAUGGAGAACAUGAAGCGUACCUGCAACGCCGAGAACACUUCCUGCACCUGGAACUUCGGCAUCUACCCCGGCACCGGCGCUGCCACUCCCUGCAACUACGUUGUUAAGGGCAACACUGCCUCCCACGCCAACGGUGGCCCUGUCACCUGCGGGGGAUACACCGUCACCUCCGGCUGGAGCGGCCAGUUCGGCGAGGGUGCUGGCUUCACCACCUUUUCCGUUGUCAACAACAACGCCCGCCAAAUUAUCUGGCCUGCCUACACCGACAAGCAGGUCGAGGGCGGCAAGGUUGUCAAGCCUGACCAGAGCUACGCUCCCGCUGCUCUCCCUUGA